GAUUUCUUCAAGACAGACGAAGAAGCACGAUUUGGGUCAUCGAAAGAAGCACCCUGGAGAUACUUGCAUACCCAUUCGAAAACGCAUCGCCGCUUCCAGAAACGAGAAACCUUCAGGCACAACACGCGGUCCUCACCAUCAACGUCGCCUCAGACGAAAUCGAAAUCGAAACCGAGGGACAGGAACUGGUGGCAGCCGCCGAACUUCGCCUUCACAGUCAAGAUGAGCGGCGCAGGUGGAGCAGGCAUCGCCGCUGCCGCCAUGUAUGCGGUAGUCAGCAAUCCCGCUGCCGUUGGUGCGAAACCUGAAGACGCGGAUGCGAAGGCGCAUCAUCUGAAAGACGGGAAGGGGUUUAUCAAUCCUUGGGACAGCUUUCGGGAUUUUGUGGGAUGGAAGAUGGGGAUGAGGUUGCUGUGGAGGAAACUCUCGGGCCAGGUGAAAAAAGUAGACACCACACCCCCAACCGUGCCCGUCGUCACACCUUCUUUCAGACACCCCCGGGAAGGCGGCAAGUUGCGAGCGACCUGGCUCGGCCACGCCUGCUACUACGUCGAGUUCCCGUCGGGCCUGCGCGUCCUCUUCGACCCCGUCUUCGAGGACUGCUGUGCGCCAGUCAACUUCAAGAUGUUCAAGCGCUUCACGCAGCCGCCGUGCGAGAUUGAGGAUCUCCCGGCGGUCGAUCUUGUGGUGAUUAGUCACAACCACUACGACCAUUUGAGCUAUCCCACGAUCAAAAGGAUACAAAAGGCCUUCCCGAACGCACACUUUUUCGCGCCGCUGGGGAAUAAGAAGUGGUUUGUGGACAACGGGGUGGGUGCGGGGCAGGUGACGGAGCUGGACUGGUGGGAGGAGCGGGACGUGCGACUGUCGCCCGGCUUCCCAGACGGUACCGCGGAAAAGAAAGAGAUGGGUGCUGUAUCUGUGAGCGCCGCCUCGACUCGCAGCAGCCCAGCGGACAUCACCGCCGCCAUCAGCGCCCUCCCCUGCCAGCACGUCUCCGCGCGCGGGCCCUUCGACAAGUGCAAAACCCUCUGGGCCUCCUGGAGCGUCUCCUCGGGCGGCGCCAGCGUCUACUUCGCCGGCGACACGGGCUACCGCGCGGUCCCCGAGUCGACGCCCGAAGGCGACGACGGAUACGGGCCCGCGUACGCCCAUCUCCCAGUGUGUCCUGCGUUCGCGCAGAUUGGCACACACCGCGGUCCUUUUGAUCUGGGCUUGAUUCCGAUCGGCGCGUACGAGCCGCGCUGGGUCAUGAGCCCCAUGCAUGCGAAUCCGCAGGACAGCGUGAACAUCUUUGUCGACACCAAGUGCAGGACAGCGUUGGGCAUGCACUGGGGGACGUGGGUCCUCACCGAGGAAGAUGUAAUGGAGCCGCCGCGGAAGCUGAGGGAGGCGCUCAAAGAGAAGGGUCUCAGGGAGGAGGUUUUUGGCGUUGUGGAUAUUGGGGAGAGCAAGGAGUUUGAGAGUGGGGAGGUGAGGGGAGGUGAGUGAGGCCGAGAAGCAGGCAGCAUGUGUCACGAAGAGGUGGAUGGAGCUUAUUGUACGAUGUAUAAAUCAACCAGGGACCUUGAUGAAAGAGCCACAACAUCUUGAAGAGAGAUGACCUUGCUCCAGCCCCAUUGUUAUAGUUCUCGCACAUGUUGCUUGCUGGCCACUGGGACAAAUUCCAUUCUUUGAACCUC